UGUAAACUCACCUUGCCGCACGAAGAAGUGCUUGUGGCUGCAUCUUACCUAGAGGGUAGUGCAGCAAGAUGGUAAAGUGGUUUAGUACAACUCCAGGAGCACGGUCAUGACUUCCGCUCUUGGGCAGCCUCUCAAAAACUGGAGGACUUCCUGAAGAUGGUGGAAGAGAGAUGGCAUGAUCCUCAGGAGGCCCAAAAGGCCACUGACGCGAUCCUAGCACUGCACACGCGGCAGUUUAAGUCAGUUAGGGAAGCCACUGACGUUGUUGAGCGUCUAAUCUGUGUCCCAAGUGUGCGCUAUGACCCCCAGGUCCUGUUGACUUCGUACUUGAGAUGCUUAUCCCAGCCUCUCAGGAACCAGUUGGCAAAAGAGGCCAACAUCAAUAUGCACAACUUUCCUUCGUUCAGCAAGGUGGCCCUAGACCUAGAAGCAAAGAUAGGGCAUGGACAGACACCCACUAUGGACGGGAGGAAGAAGACACUGCUUCCCAACUGGAAGGCGAAGGGUCGCAUCAUGUUUGUCGACAACGAUGGUUCAACAAUCGAGUUGGAGGGCAACUUCCAGGAGGGAGUUGGUGCAGAGGUAGGUGGCGAUACUUCAGAGGGUGGAGUAGUCGCCGCCGUAACCCAACAAAAAGGCGAGCCGGUGAAAAUGCCGCCGAGGAUAGAGGGAGUAGUUGCCAAGUACCCUGAUUUAUUUGAAGAGCCAACAUGGGUUGUUGAUAGGGAGGUCGUCCACGCGAUAGAGAUUAUCCCAGGGUCUAGUAUUCCGAAGGGUAUAAUCUAUCGGAUGUCUUCAGGCGAGCUUGAUGAGCUUCGCCGCCAACUCAAGGAACUCGUACAGAAGGGUUGGAUCCGGCCGAGUGUCUCUCCUUACGGAUCUCUAGUACUAUUCGUACCUAAGAAGAAGGAGGGCACUCUCAGGAUGUGCAUUGAUUAUAGGGGUCUCAAUGCCAUCACUGUAAAGAACAGAGAGCCCCUACCGCGCAUUGACGAUCUGCUAGAUAGAGUACAAGGGUGUUGGUACUUCAGUAAGAUAGAUCUGAAGUCCGGGUACCAUCAGAUUGCAAUCCGGCACGAGGAUCAACACAAAACCGCAUUUCGGACCAGGUAUGGUCUGUACGAGUUUGUGGUGAUGCCUUUUGGCCUGUGCAAUGCUCCUGGCACCUUUCAGCACGCUAUGAAUCGGAUAUUCCAUGACUACUUAGAUAAGUUUGUCAUCGUGUACCUCGAUGACAUACUUAUUUUUAGUAAGACUGUCGAGGAGCACGUUGCACACUUGGACAAAGUCCUUAGUCUCCUGCGACAGCACAAGUUCAAGAUCAAUGGUGAGAAGUGCGAGUUUGGGCGCACCUGUGUCUUGUACUUGGGUCAUGAGAUCUCCGCGGAAGGGUUGAAGCCCGAUGACGCGAAGGUGGCCAGCAUUCGUGAUUGGCCACGACCUCAGUCUGUGACUGAGAUGAGAUCUUUCUUAGGAAUGACAGGCUACUACCGGACUUUUGUAAAGAACUAUAGCGUAGUGGCCGCUCCUUUGACCGAUCUGACCCGCCUUGAUACCCCCUGGGAGUGGACAGAUGAGUGCGAGGCUGCUUUCAGACAUCUGAAGCAUGCACUAACGCAUUAUGAAGUCUUAAAACUUCCUGAUCCUGAUAAGCCGUUUAUAGUAACCACGGAUGCUAGCCAAUAUGGCAUUGGCGCCGUGCUUGCGCAGCAGGAGGGGCCAAAGUUGAGGCAUGUUGAGUACAUGUCCAAGAAAAUGCCGUCUCAGAAGUUGGCUAAGUCCACCUAUGAGAAAGAACUCUAUGCGGUGUUCAAGGCGCUGACCCAUUGGAGACACUAUCUCCUUGGGAGGUUCUUCAUCCUCAGGACUGACCAUCAGACCUUGAGAUGGAUGAGAACUCAGCCUGUACUCUCUGACGCAUUGAAGCGUGCGCUGAUUAUUGAGUACGAUCUUACGAAAGAUGUCACUCGAUCCUUGGUGGAAGCCUAUCGAGAGGACCAGUUUAUCUCUGAGAUCAUACGCAGACUCGAGGCGAAGGAUAAACAAACUUCAGCAGAGUUUGAGUUAGUCAAUGGCUUGCUGUUUCUCGAGAAGGAAGGGAAUAAACGUUUGUGUGUCCCUGAUAAAGAGUCUUUGCGUAGUUUGUUUUUAGGCGAGCGUCAUGACGCCACCGGCCAUUUUGGGUACAAGAAGACCACAGCCAAUUUGCUGCAAAGGUUCUGGUGGCCCACGAUGUUAAAAGAUGCUAAGCUGUACGUGGAAACUUGUCAAGUUUGCCAACGAGACAAGCCCCGUACUCAGGCUCCUCUUGGGCUGCUCAAGCCCAAUCCGAUUCCGGAAAGGCCGGGUGAAAGCUUGUCCAUGGACUUCAUGGAUACACUGGUCACCAGCAAGAGUGGGAUGAGGCAGAUCUUCGUCAUCGUGGAUAGGUUUAGUAAGUAUGCUAGGUUAAUAGCCAUGUCGGAAACAGCGAAGACCGAGUAUGUAAUCAUGCUGUUCAAAGAGAACUGGGUGAGGGAUUUUGGAUUGCCUAAGUCUAUUGUAAGUGACAGGGAUGUCAGAUUUACACGUGAGUUAUGGAAGGCCGCUGCAACUGAACAGGGAACUCAACUGCAAAUGACUUAUGGAAACCAUCCAGAAGCAAACGGCCAGGCUGAACAGAUGAACCGCAUUGUUCAACACCUAUUGAGGCAUUACGUUAAGCCCAAUCAGGUGGAUUGGGAUGAGAAGCUUGCUCUUGUCGCCAGUCUGUACAAUAACGUUGUACACAACACUACCGGGGUAAGUCCUAACAGUCUACAUCUUACCUUUAGGCCUAGACUGCCUUUAGACUUCCUACUUCCUGAUAACCAGCCAACUGUUGCACCGGGCACUUUGGAGUUCGCUUAUCGUUACGAACAGAAAAAGCAAGAGGCUGUAGAGCACAUGCAGAAGGCGCAGGCAGCAAUGAUAGAAUCUGAGAACAAACACCGCCGCCCUUCUACAUUUCAGGUUGGGGACAGAGUCUGGGUUAAGUCUUCAGAACUGGGACAGGAGUUCGGGAUAUCCCGCAAACUCAUGCCUCAGUACUUUGGACCUUGGGAAGUUUUAGACGUAGUUGGGACAGAUCCUGAUGGUCCAUCUUAUGUCAUCCGUAUCCCUGGUCAUCUCAGAACUUACCCAGUCUUUCACGCCUCUAAGCUCGUUGUGUUCAAGGAAACUGAUCAGUUUCCCUCUCGUCGAUCAAUGCUGCCCCCAACCAUGGACGGAGAAGUCGACAUCGAUGAUAUCGUCGACCACAGGGAGAUGCCUGUUCAAAAGCCUCCGGGAAGGGGACGUCCUCCAAAGCCAAAGCUGCAGUUUCGUGCCCACUUCAGACAUCACACAGAUCCGAAGGAGGACCGCUGGUUUACUCGGGAGGAAUUGAUGCAGACCGCUCCUCAAAUCGUUGCCCGCUAUGAGAAGGAUGUAUUGAAAGGAAAGCGCCAGAUGGCUCAGGAUUGAUCUUCUCAGAGGACUAACGAAGAUAUGGAGGAGGGAAUGCGAGGCUACGUCCGCUCAGCCCCUUCGGG